CAUUGCUGAUUUCUUCAGUUUGGCUGUCUGCUAGCCAGCAAUAGCCAGCAAUACCCAGCCAUAGCAGCACUGGCUAUAUUUUCCCUGACUAGAGCAUAAGAACACUACAUACCGACUACCGAUUGACAUCAAAAAAAGAAGAGACCACCAUGGAUGUCUCUCCUGGCCACUGCUGGCGGUGUGAGAGAAUUCCCGCAAGACACUCUGUGCCUUGCAGCCGAUGUCCGACCGCCAAGUACUGCUCGGCAUCUUGCCGAGAUGAGGACGGUGCCAGACACCGUGCAGUGGAGUGUGAAUUAUUUGGCGAGAAAAGAUGCAGCGCUUGUGGAAAACUUGGCAAAACACACGAGUGUUCUGGAUGCAAUAAUGCAUGGUACUGCAACACAGACUGUCAACGGCGUAACUUUCCAACUCACAAAGUGCAGUGUCGGCAAACUAGGGAAUCGAUCAGAGAAAUGUCGACCAAACUCAGCAGGUUGACGAUGCUGUACGGUGACUUUCCACAGUACUUUGGAAACACCAUGGCUAAGGACUUCCUUCAACUGCCAACCAAUGAAUGGUCAUCAAAACAAGUGACGGAGGGCGAGCUGGCCAGGGACUAUCAUGUCCUGUCUGCUGGUUGCGGAGACUUGCGCAACACGGUGUUAACGGCCGCCUCCCUACCCGACAAGUAUCGGGGGAAACUCCACGUCACCCUCAAUGACUAUGACCCAUUUCUAAUGGCCAGGAAUGUGCUGUUUCUCUUCAUGUUGGUACGCUUUGCAGAUGCCGAUCACAUUGCCUCCAGUUUGGUGACCAUCUGGUACUCGUUCCACCUGCCCAAGCGAGAGUAUAAUUUAAUCAAGAUUAGCUUGAAGGAACUAAUUCUGAUAAGUGCUCAGAAACUCUGUGAUGUGACCAGAGGACUGGUGUGUGUAACUGAUGAAGAACUUCUAUAUCUGAGUAUCGUUUGGGAAAAGUGGCAGGGAUUGGAAUGUCGACGAGACAUGAAAACCUCAAUCAACCUUAGACAACAGAGAAAGGAUCUGUUGCAAAACAGUGACCAACAGACAAAGGAGGAGUGUUCUUCGUACUUGAAGGGAAUCAACGCAAGAGACAGAAGGCAGAUGGAGAAAUGGUUUGAGCACGGACUCUUUCUGCCCUGCGAGGCAAAAGAGAGAGAUGUGCCAUUUGACAACCCUACACUAACCGCUCCUAAGGCUAGCACAUACUGGGUGGAUAAGGAUGCUUGCUUGUUGCUACUUCGUAAAGAGGCUCCCCCGGCUAUGCCAAAGGAGGAGUUCCCAUUUACGCUGAGCAUUGGGCCAAAGUUGAUUCCUUUCACGGUUUGGGACUGUCUCAGGGUCAGAGAGCACUCAGGCAGGUCGUUCUCGUCUCCCAUGGUGAUGUACCACAGCUACGUGACUGACCUCCUCCAGAAAGCCAAGAGCCUCAUCCUUCACGGACGGCUCCAUAUCCACAUUUCCCUCGCCAACUGUCUGGACUUUCCCAGUCAGCAUCGUACAUUGCAAAUUCCCAACUACGACCGGAUCUUCACCUCCAAUCUCGCUGACUACCUUGGAUUUCCCAAACUCCUAAAGUCCUUCAAGCCGCUUCUUAACACCAGCAACGACUACUCUGUCAUUGUGACCGAAACAAUGAAAUGGUUUGAUAGUAUUCCUACUGCUUAUGUCCGUUGUCUCCAAGCCAGCCAGCUUGAGAAGGUAAAGAAAGACUACUGCCACGAUAUGUUUUCUUCAUGUCAGACCAAAGGAAUCGAAAAUACCUUUAACAGCAUCACCGAAUAUUACAACAACACUUCCCAUUUCAUCCAGUAUCUCCGGGCAGACAUUACUGCAGAUGGGCCAGGCGUACCAGCACUACAGGACGUGCCAUCCUUUGAGACUGUCAAGAAGUAUAACGGCAUGCGCAUGCGAGACUUCCGCAAGGGACCGAACAAACUCGCUCCAUUCCAGUACCGUUUGAAUGCACGUGAUCUCAAUAUGUUAAGAGGAUAUGUCCGAGCGCUUGAGUGGUGUCUACCAAAAAGUGAUAGUUAGACAAAUUAAUACUAAGCAAUCCUUAGAACACCUCCACUGGCAGUUACACCCUUUCUUUUUUUACCUUUUUAAGCUUGAGUAUCAAUGUACCCACCCUGGUUACACAUAUUUUACUUUCUACUGGAGUAUUACUCUAAAGAAAAAAAAUGCUUUUGUAAACGUACAAGAUAAGUUUGUAGCCUGGACAAUGUUGGACUUGGUGAAAAUAACUGAGGAGUUUAAGAGCGGUGAGUCUUAUAAUGGGAGAGGUUUUCUACAAGUAAGGAUUGCCAAAUACUGUGUGGCACAUGCUGCCAUGUGAUUUUUUUACCAUGUUGAGGAAAGAUUCUUCAGUUUCAUAGGAGAUUAAAGCAUGUGUAUUAAUUCCCUU